UUUUGCACUUGUUUCAAGUCUAAAGCACAACUUCGAGCAGAACAUCUUCGCAUAGCAUGAGUUUAGUGUGGAUUUUUACUCGCAUGGAACUGGUUGCAAAACAAGCGCGCGACGCAGCAUAACAAGCAGAAGACAAACGGUUAGAACAGUGAAUUAAAUUUUUCUGUAAUCUUUGUAUUGCAAUAAAAAUUAUCUAGAUGUUGGGUUUGAGAAAUAGAGUUGACAAUUAUACUUUAAUAAAAUUCCGUGGAGGGGAAGCCAGAAACAAGAAUUGAACAGUGAUCGCCUUUUGUUUGCUUAAAAAAGCAACACCUACGAACACUCGAAUAAAAAAUAAAAAAAACAAAUACUAAACCAAAACUAAAUACACAAAUUGUGUGUACUAAAUUUGACCUUCAACAGCAGCAAGUAUGCUUCCUGCUACUUCAACAUUAUGUGGAAUAUUUUCGAUACUGAUAGCUGGUUCGCCAAUAUUCUAUAGCGCUGCGCCACGUGGUGUCUGCUCCAAUUGCUGCGCGAUACGUGAACGAAAGGAUAUUAAUUUUUUACUCUACACAAACAAAAAUUCGCAAAGUCCACAAAAUCUCUACCUGUCCGAUGAAGGACGCUUGUCAAAAAGUAAUUUCGAUUUACAACAGCCAUUGGCGUUCUACAUACAUGGCUUCUCGGAGUCGGCCAUUGCCGACAGUCAAAGUAGUCAACAGUUAAAAGACGCCUUUUUGAAAGCGGGCAAUUACAAUGUCAUCCUCGUCGAUUGGAGUCCCAUGACAGUGAUGCCUUGGUACACAAACGCUGUUGAAAAUCUGCCGGUGGCGGCGCGUUUCAUCGCACGUUUUUUGCGUUUUCUCGUUGCUAACGGCUAUCAAGCGCGGCUCAUUCAUUUGAUUGGUUUUAGUUUGGGCGCCGAGGUGGCGGGCUUUGUUGGCAAGCAGCUGCUGGAGUGGGGCGUCGUAUUGCCAAGGAUAACCGGUCUCGAUCCACCAUUACCACUCUUCGAAUCAAAUAGCGGUAAUCGCUAUUUAACCCACACCGAUGCACGUUUUGUCGAUAUUAUACACACUGACGGUGGUAUUCUAGGCAAUCCGGAAGCUAUGGGCCAUGCAGACUUUUAUCCCAACGGGGGUCGAGCUUUACAACCGGGUUGUGCUCGCCAAGAGAUAGCGAAUAAUCGCUGGUUGAACAUAAUUAUUGGUUGCAGCCACCAGCGCGCUUGGGAGUAUUUUGUUGAGUCCAUAAAUAGACCAUAUGCGUUCCCGGUGGACAAAUGUGAGCCCACAAAUGAAUUUGGUAGGUGCAAAGAAGGCAAUAGCGGGCUGUAUAUGGGCAUUGCAGCUGAUCGGAGACUGCGUGGUAAGUUCUUUUUGGACACAAAUGAUGCGCCACCCUUUGGACGUAAUGCCGGAGCGUUAGCCCCUACAUCCCAUAGCACCACAAGUACGACAGCAACAGCAACAAGAGUCCAGUUCUCGGCGUUGCCGAUGUUGCCAGCUGUCGAGAAAAUUAAUGGCACUCGAGGCUAUGACGGCAAUACCUUGAGGGAAACAAGACAUACAAAAGCGGCGACGACAAGAAAAUCAACAGUGGUGAAUGCGCCAACAACAAAAUCUACUAUAACAACAAUAGUUCCAAAAGCAACAGCCAGAGCUACGAGAACACUGGGUAGCGAAAUAGCAACAACAAAAACGAGAGUAACAAGAGUUUAAAGAAAAAACGAGUACAACAACUACAAAUUCUACAACCCAAAAUAGAGGCGGUAUAAGCAGCUGCAUUAGCACCCCUACCACCAGUCUGGAGCGGUGUGGGCGGUCGGCUCAGCGUUUGUAGGCGCGGCACAGCAACGAUGCCCGCAAUGCGCGCACAAAGCAGUGGCGAAAGACAACAGCUGAGUCUUCACUGCGCUAACCAGCUGAGCUGUGGUCCUCACAGGUUGAUUUGUAUGUGCGGUAGUCAAAGGGAUCCGUAGGACUUAGCAAAUAAUAAGUUUGUAGUAAAGUUGUCAUUGUAGCUGUGGUUGUUAUAAUGAACAGAUGUAGUUGUAAGGUAAGAUCGUGCAUUAGAGUUUUGGGGGUUGAUGCAGAAAAUAUAAAUUGCUGCAAUUUUCAGCGGCGCAGAAAAUAUUUAUGUUAACGAUUUUUCAUAUUGAUGUCAAAAUGUAAGAAAACUACUUAGUUUAGUUAGUAGAAUAUGAUGAAUGAUGUUGACAGCCAGCGAGUGUGCGGCCAAAAAGAUAAAGCAGGAGAAAAAUUUGGGCUUUUACACACAACUGUCAGUAAGCUAAAUCUUUUUAGUGAAUAUAGAAUGUAUGUGCAGAUGUAUUCAGAUAUCUUGCUUUUAGGUUUAUAAUUAACGGUAUUUUAGUUUUAAGUGCAAUUCCACUAAUAUGCAUUCCAAAUAUUUUAUACAAAGUUAUUGGUAGCAAUGGCAAUUUAUAACUCAAAUAGUCAUAUACAUUUAUUUACUGUUAUGUUUUGAACUCAUAUAUUUUAAGUAUGACACAUCGAUUAGUGUUAAAGAUGCAUUUAAUGGAAACGUAUAUUGCCAUAAAUAUAUAUUUAGAAAAAUUAAAAAAAAAAAGCUUCUCAUUUUAAAUAAAAUAGAAAUAUACCGCAAAAAGUAGGAGAAGUAAAAUUUAGAUACGAUUUGCUGCUAGUAACACAUGUAAAUAAGUAAUUAUAUGACCAAAUAUUAAAGAAAUUUAAAAACUGACAAAUUAUAGAAAUUAUUAAGCUAUUUCAAAAUUAUUUAAAAUUUUUGUGAAAAAACUAUUUAAUAAAAAGUAUUAAAAACUC